AAUNAAUCACUCAUUUUACCUUCGAAUUUUCUUUUAGAACAGCCUGACACAAUGUGUUGUAUUGUCUGAGCCGCAUUUCCACAAUCACAAGCGGGAUUAUCUCGAAGCUUCCACUGGUGCAUAGAAGUGGGGAGGAUGGUGGUUGCCUGCACGUGGCCCUCCCUGUAUGCGCUUGUAGAUUUCCUGAAGACCCUUGUGUACGAAGACAGACUACGAGCGUAUCUAAUACCACCACGAAGGCGCUGAUACCCAGCAACAGACACAGCAUUAUAGAAAUAGGUAUCAUCCUAUAAUAAUAAACCUAAUAUUCCCAGGAUAAAAAUAUUAUUAUAAAGUGUGAACGAAUAUGGCAUUUGUUGCAGUUGUAAAUUUAAUAUUUCAGUUACCUUUCAUUUCAUUCACCUACCUUCGUGAAAAUAGUUCCCGACCAGCAGUGAUAUGAUAUCUUGAAGAAGUCCAAUGAAUGUGAUUUUUAUUUGAUUUAAGUAAACAAUAAUUAUGUAUUUCAUGUAUAUCAUGUAAACUAGAGAAAACAAAUUACAAACCACUGUAAUAUUUUGUUCAUAGUUUACUAAAAGUUAAUUUAAUAUAAUAUAACAUAACAUAACAUAAUGUUUUUCAACUGAUAACAAAAAUGGCGUUCUGUGAUCAUAACCGUGGUCACCACGUUAUAUAGUGCCGUGGUGAUAAAAACAUAAUUACGGGCAACAUAUUAUCAUUAUAGGUAAUUCAAUUUACAAAGGAGAUGCCAUUGUCAAGGAUAUCGGGUCAUAAAUAAAUAAUACCUAAUAGAUACAAUACGUUUCACGAAACUAGCGAUUCCAUAGUAGCGCUUCUGGUGGCAGAUUUUUGUAAAGGUUUUCUAAACGUGUAACUAAAAAAGCGCAGUAAUUUAAAAAUGACGCAGCAAUCAACCAUCGAACAGCUGGCUCUGCUGGUAUGAAUUCUACCUUCCACUAACAAAAAUUGUAUAACCACCAUAUAUGGAGUACCAUAGAUACUCAAUGAUAAACAAAUAAUUAUUUUUAUUCAUAUUUUUUAAAAACCGUGCAGUAUUCAAAAUUGCCGCGUAUUGUGUGCAAGUUUGAGAAACCGUGGAACACUGAAAUUUCACCACCGGAAUCGCCACUGCGGAGUCGCUAGUUUCGUGAAACUUUUUUCUGUUGGUAGUAUUAAGUAUUAAAAAAUACUAUAAUUGAGAUAGUGGGUAAAUCACGGAUAAAACUUAAUGAACUUACUGUACUUGAUUUUAUUUUACAGAAAAGAGCAUUUUUGUAUUUACUGCAAACUAUAUCAUUGUAUUUGUCAGAUUACACGCAAAUCAAAUUACAUUAUUAUCUUUAACAUUUUCAAGUAAGUACCUACUUUAUAGAAUUAUUACAAUAUAUGUAAAUACCUAUAUUUUUAUAACCACAAAAACACAUACUUAAGAAAAUACAAUUAGUUUUUGGUUUACUUCCUCAGAAUUUAUUAUGAAGUAUAUUUAUGCAAACUUAAGAGUCUUUAGUCUUUUGUGAUAUCUUUAUUUAUAUUCUUCCAUAGAAAACAAUGAACUUGGCUUCAAUUUCAAAUUUAGUUAUGUUGCCAAUAUUUGUAAAAUAUUUUUAAAAAAUUGUAUCAAUAUUUUAAACAUAGAUUAUUUCUAAUCACAUGAUUAAGUAUACUAUAAACUUAAUAUGUAUGCUUAUAGUAAAACUCAACAUUAUAUGUUAAUUAGAAUACUAAAUGUCAUUUCAAAUAAAUUUAAAGUGUAAAAACUGCAUUAAAUAUGUCAUAGAAUAAAUCAAAUAGUUUUUAAUAUUUAAGGCUAUAUGUUUAUUUUAGUGCAUACUAACAUAGAUUAGUAAGUAGGUACUAAUAUGUUUAUACUAUUAAUUUUUUUUACUUUGAUGCUGUUUGCGGUUUCUCUAACAAUUUAAGAUUACUUUUUUAAAAGUAACACAUUUUACUGUGUUUACAUUUUACUAAAAGUUAUUUAAUAAUAUUAUAUAUAAAAAGAUUACAAAAAUGUAUUUAAAAUGAAAACAUAUAUUUGUUAUUUAUCAAGUACUUUGUUUAUGUCAUAUACACUAAUCUACAUAUUAUAUUAGAAAUAAUAUAGUAUGUAAAAGUUGUAAAUGUAAGAACAAGUGAUUGAUUGGAUUAAAUCAAUAUCUUAUCCUAAUUCAAGCAUUAAAAGCCUAGUAGUAUAUGUUCCUAUUUAUCCUACAAGAAAACUAAAAAAGUAAUUUAAAUGGUCUUAUGAUAAAAUAUUUUUUAUCAACAAAUUGGUGUAUAAUGGUAGGUAAGCUUAUUUUAUUAUUUGUAGGAAUCUUUUAUUAUACAGGAACUGUAGUUAUGCUACCAGAUUGAAAAAAAAAAUUAGUUUCUUAGUAUUAAAUAUUUUUAUUGUAUUUAUUAGUUUAAUUUAAAGUUUGUUUACUAUUUACUGGUUUUUAUUUACUUUUUAAAUAGGUAAUUUUCUAAAUUCCUGGGUACAAAAGAAAAAUGGAGGAAGAUGAAGGAAAUUUUAUAACUACCCAUAAAAUUAUAAGUUCUGAAGAACUUAAGUAAGAUUAUAUGUUUUAUUAUAAAUCUUAAAAAUAUUUUGAAGGCUAAUUUUUUUAAAAUUUUUUAGGAAGUUAAAGGAUCACCGUAAGUCAUUCUAUAAUAAUAUUGCCAACGGAUCAGUAACUGAACAGCAAUCAUUGAAGCAAAUAAAAUUUGAAUCACGUUUACUUAAUUCGUGUAGAUUUAAAAUUGAUGUAAGAUCAUUAUUAUUAUUAUUAUUAUUAUCUAUACAGUAAAUAAUAUUCUUGUUAUUAAAUUUAUAUUUUUGAUUGUUUUUCCUUUAGCAAUUGAAAAGAGAAAAUAAAAACAACAGUGUUAACACAGAACUACUCAAAUCUUUUGCCAAUCGCAUUAAUGACAUGUAUAUUAUAUUUUUUAAUUCAUUCAAAUUUGACCUAUUCAUGAUUUCAGACUAUGUACAAUUUGGUAUGCAAAAUGUAAGUAAAGGUAGUUUUUAUGAAUAUGGAUAUCAGUUAAAAGACAUCAAGUUCUAAUUAAUUUUGUUUAAGAAAAAACGAUAUAUAUGCCAUCUUAUAGUUUCAUCACAAAAAUUUACGAUAUUUCCACAAACAUUUCCUUAAAAUUUCUUUGUAUUUAAAUUAUACAUUUAAAUGAUCAUCACUUUCAAAAAAUUUCCAUCAGCAUCUACAUAUUUUAUACACAGUUACAUAUGACAUUGACAAUAUAUAUAAUCAGAUUUGAAUAUGUAAAUCACUAAGUAGGUAAUAUGUGUCAUUAAUGUAUUUUCUAUUAAUUAAAUAUUACACCAAUUAUUCUAUACACAAUUUUUUGAUUAUUUGAUUUCCAAAUCAACUGCACAUUUUAUGGAUAUUAUAAUUAGAGAAAUAAGUACUUACUAAUUAUGUGUCUGGACUUAUUUGUUUAACAAUAAAUGUUGUUUCCUAAAAUGUUUUGAUUUUAGAAAUGUUUAACCACUAAAUGUAUACAUGUAUUGGAUGAUUUGAUGUCACGAUGUCGUGUCAGUCCUGAGGUGUAUAUAUGUUGUGCACAUUAUGCAUUUUAUGUAUGUGAUGAUAUAACAGCAACGAGACGAUUUCUAUCAAAUGCCGUUAAGUUUCAUCCUAAAUAUCAAAAUUUAUAUACAGAAGAAUUUUGCAUUGAAAUCCAAUAUAUGGAUAAGAUGGGUGGUACUUCGGCUUCAGACAAAUAUCAACAUUAUAUUAAACUUUUUAAAGAUGACAUGAAUUUCCAUUUUUCUUUGGUAGAUACAAUUUUAAAAUUCAAUGCAGUUACAACAUUACACUGUCUUGUUGUCAGGUAUAAAACCAAAAAAAUUAUAACAAUUUGCAUGAUAUAUAUAAUGUAUACAUGUAUAUAUAUAUUUAAAUAUAUUUGUUUAAUGAAUUAUUUUGUAGUGAUAUGGUCAAAAUAUACUGCCAUAGUGAAUUAAUGUGGCAAAACUUAGCUAAGAUUAAUUUGAAAGGUUUUGCAUACAACUUUGAAUCAUGUGACAAAAAUAUAUAUUAUGUUCAAGACGACUUACAAUGUAUAAGGUUAGAAAAUCUAUUAUAAAGAAUUUUAUUUGUCCAGGAUCUAUUUUCUAAAACAGUAUUAUUUAAUAUUAAUAACAAAAAUAUUUGAGUACAUUAAUUUGCUUUAAAUGCAUAAACAAAUAUCUUCUAUACAAAUUUUAUUAAAGCAUUUUAUGUAAUUGAUAAUGAAUGAUAAUAAUUUAUGAAUUGAUUUCAAAUUGAAAAGAAUAGAGUCAGGUUAUUGACCCUCUCCUUUUGUGAUUUUCAUUUUUUCUUGUUUUUUUUUUUUUAUCACAGAAAGCGAAUUAGGUUACAAUUACUUUUGUUUAAUGCAUAUUUAAGUUCCCAUCCUGACUGAAAUCAUUAUAUCUCCCAAUUUUUUUCACUAUUCGACAAUAUAAUAUUAUCAAUAUAAAAACAAAAAAGUAUUACUUUUAGUAGUCGAUAUCAAACUCUUUUUUUAAAAAAAAAAAUUAUUUUCGUAAGUUUUUCCGUUUUCCCUAUGUUUUUUAAUGAUUAAGAAAACUGCUUGGAAAAUAAAAAAAUUACCCCACUAAAGUAAAUGCAUCCAAUAGAUACACAAUAUAUUAGUAUGCAUAAAACAGUAGUAUCCAUUAUAAGGGAUGAUUUAAAGUCAUAAUAUUAUUCUAAAAUAAACAUUUAUAUAUUUUUAUAAUCCAAAAAAUGCAUUUAUACAGCAUUUGUUUUUGGAUUUUUGAUUUCUGGAUACUACAAAAUCGUAAAAUAUGCAAUUGUAAAUAUUAUCUAUUUGUUCAGUAUAUAACACCCGAAAUGUAAAUUAAAUUAGUAUCCAUACAAACAUUAAAUUUAAUAGAUAGAAAAUAAAUUAUGAAAUUUCAGAAAUAUCCGACCCCUAUAUUUAUUAUAUUUGCAUAGAAUUUUUUAUCUUACAUGAAAAACCGGUGGUAUCAGAAAUCUAUCAAAAAUGGCCAUACAAUUUUCUAAUAUAUUUCGUACAUUUUUCCAGUUUUCCCAUGUUUUUAUCCAGUUAUUCUAAUUUAUUAUGAAAACAGCUAGACAUUUCAACAAAUGACUUCCUUAAAGUACCUUCCCAGUCAGAUUACCUUUCAGAAAAAGUGAUAUUAAUGCAAAUCAGAGCAAAAUUGCUGGUUGAAAAGUUGUUCACAGAAAAAAAUUAAGUAAAAUAACCAUCAUUGUAAAAUUAAUACAUGAGCUCCUCUCAAAGUCUAAAAUAAAUUUUCAAUUCAAAUUUAUUAAUUAAUAAUAAUUUGUAGAUUUUAGUUAUUUAUUAGAAAUACUUAGUUUGAGGUUAAUAACAGCAACACCGAAAAUAUCUACUAAUAGAUAUUUUUUAUAAACAUUCAAUCAAAUUAUUUAAUUAGUUAUUGUGUACUCAUAUAAUUGUAUAUAAAUAUUUUAAUACUUUUACAUAUAUUAUUUAAUUAUAUGAAAUACUACUAUAUUUUGUAAAUAAAAUUAUUUUCUUCAUGCUAUAAAUAAAUAAUAAUAUAUUUUAUUUUUCAGUAAUUGUUUUGGUACUUAUGAGAAAGGUCUGGAGAAAGAUAUAUUAGCUAUAGAUGUACACCAGCGGUUGUGGAAUUUAUUUUUGGAUGAAAUGAUGAAUAUAAAUGAUUCACCUCGAGUGAAUAAUACAAUUAUUAAAGAUUAUGUUAAUAACAAAAUCGAGCAAAUAUUUUAUAGAGCAUGUUCUGAGAAUAAAAUUCGGAAACCAGAUUAUUUUAUAUUUUGGGUAUGAUUCACAUUUUAUUCUUGAAAUUAUAUUUUAUUUUAAGUUAUAUAAUAUUAAAGCUUCAGGUAAAAAUAACAGUAGCUCAAAUAAGGGUGCCUAGUCCACCCCAAAAAAAACUGGGGUCACCUCAAAAAAAUAGAAUAUAAGUAUAUAAUUUGAAAUAAAGUGGUUAUUAGUAUUUUUUACUUUAUUCAGUAAUUAAGUCAAUAUUUUACAUAAUCGGUGUAUGUCUAUCUUAAAAAUAUUUGGGUUAAGUUUUUACAUCUACAAUAUAUAUCACUGUACUGAGUAACUACAUACAAUAAUAAUACCUACUAAAAUAAAAUAUAUGUUCAAAAAAUUAAUUUUUUGAAGUAUGUAUAACAUAAUAUAAAUAUCAUUAAUGAAGAAAUAUUAAUUAAUUUUGAAAAAAAUAGAAAGAAAUGUACAAUUAAAAAUUUCAAUAUUAUUAAACAACUUAAUACGUAUCCAUAUUUAUACAUACAAUUUGCAAUUGUUAAUUGGAAACACUAUAACUCUGCAUAUAUUAAAUAUAUUUAAAUUCUAUUUAUAUAAUUAUAUUGGAUCCCUAAAAACUUUUUUAUACAUUCAUUAAACUAAUUAUACCAUUUGUAUGCCAUUUAAUUUCACAUAUGUAGAGGUGUCAAGUUUUGAAAAUGUUAUGCUAUGAAAUGUUAUGUUCACUAUUUUAUUAACAUAUGUACAGUUUACCUAAAUCUUACCAUACAUUUCCUAUUUUUAUUUUCUUUAAAUUAUUUGUUAAAUAAUUACUUAAAUAUAAUUGUUUGUGGUUUUUAUGUUAUAAUAUUAUAAUAGUAUUAGUAUCAUGAAAAAUCACAAGAAAAACAAAUUUAAAAAUACCAAUUUAUUUUUGAAAGUUAUAUGUUUUAUAUGGUAAAUGUAUAUUAUGUAUGUUAAAUUCUGAGUGGAGCUAGGAAUGUGUAGGUUUUAUAAUAGUGUUUUAUUUUUUUGUUUUUUUUCCUGUUGAUAACUUUUCUACCAAAAAUUUUAGUUCCUUUUACAUUGAUAGCACUUUUCCUGAAAGGAAAUCUGACUGAGGUGGUACUUUAGGGAUGGCAUUUUUUGAUUCUCAUAGUAAUUUUCCCAAUAAGUAAGAAAAAAGGGAAAAUGUACUAAAUUUAGGUAUUACUAAAAAAUAUUAUUACAUAAAAUAUUUUAUAGAUAUGUAAUUAUUUUGCCAUAAUGUGACACUAUAUAUUGUUGACAUAGUAUAACACUAUUAAUCAAACUUUGCUCAGAAUCGUUGUUCAUUAGCAAUGGUUAAUCAUUGUAUACAAAUAUAUAUUAACUUUCUCCUCUACUUUCCUAACUUCACACCUACAAUAGUGGCUCACCCACAUAUGAAGUAUGACAAUCUUUUCUUUUUUUAUAAUAUGAGAACCAUAAGUAUCUGAGCUCUGUAAUUAUUGAAGUAUAUUCAUUUUUAUUCUAUAUGCAACAUAUAUGUGCAACAUUAAUACAAUAAUAUUUUUUAAUUUAUAUAUAAUACUAUAAUUUAAUUUAUAAAUAUGGACACUACAGGAUAUAGUGUUAUUAUGUAGGCCACUGCUGUAGGUGAAAGUUAAUAAGUAUUAGGGUAAUUUUGUUAAUAUACUGUGCAUGGGGAACAAUUAAUUCAACACAAUUAUAUUAUAUAAUAUAUUAUCAUUAUAUUAUUAUUAUUUAUUAUAUUGCAUUGUUUGUGUUUUGCAUAAACUUUGUCAUGUAUUUGAACUUAAACAAUGAGAACAAUUUGAAUUCAUAUAAUAGUUGUCCUAUGCUUUACCCAUACACAUAGUAUUGAUCUAAAAUGUUCUUAAAAAACAUGUUUUCCUUUUUUUUCGUGACUUAUUAUAUUGUGAUCUAGUUAUCUUGAAAUUUUGAAAAUUGUAUAAUAUCUAGAAUGUAUUUAUAUAAGUUAAAAUUCUGUGAAAAUGAUGUAUAUUUAAUUUUAAAAAAAUGUCCCUUUAAGCCCUCUAUAAAUUUAUCCUAUCUGUGUCGCAUAUACAUAAAAUAAGAUUGAAUACAAAGAUCAUAUUAUCUUGUAUACAGUGUGAUCACAAUAAGUGGAAGUACUCAAUAACUAUGUGCAGGCUUCAUAUAUUUCAAUUCUGCUUUUUCAGCUAACUAAAAAACAUAAUUAUAUACCUUUUUAAAUAAUUAGACUAUUUUCGUAAUUAAUUUUGCACAUAUGCACAAUAAUUUUUUUGACCAUAAAUUAUUAUUUUUUGGAUUUUUUAAUGAAUUAGUUAAACUUUUCUAAGUUAAAAAAAAAAUGGCUGACUUAUAGCAGUUUUAAUAUUUUAUCUUAUUUGCAUGAGUAAAACUGGUAAAACAGAUUAUAAAAGGAUUUGCACUAACUUAAGCUAGUAUUUACACUUCAAUAUCUUCUCCAAUAGCAUUUCCUCGAUUUGGUUGUUGGUUAAUAGCCCCUUUGGGAAAAGAACUGGUGUCUCUUAAAUUUUUUUUAAGUUUAUAAAAAAAAUAUGCGAAGGAGAUUGUCUAUUUGAAUUUAUAAAUAAGAAAGUCAUUUUAUGAGAAAUUAAGCAGAGAGAAUUAAGUUUAUUGUUAAGUCAUAGUUAAUUGGAUAAUGAAGAGCUAGAAGUAUGACAAAACCUAUAUUUCUUUGGCAUUCCUAAUAUGUAAAAAGCAUGUCAACUUUUUCUGAAUUAUUAUCCAUAAUAAGUAAUAACUAAUAAAUAAGUAUUAAAUUUGACUUAAAAACCUAUUUAUAAAUUAUAAUACAAUUACUGAGAUAAGGUUAAUAAAGGUUAAUAGGUAAAACAGGUAUUUCAUAAAUUCGAUAAGUUGGAUAAAUUGGUUAGUUAAUGUUAUUUGUAUUAUUACAUAUUUAUUAUUAUUCACUAAGUACAUAUUUUAUAAUUUGUUUUACCAGUUAUACCCUUGCAAAUAAGAUAAAAUAUUCAAAUAACUCAGCCAUUUUUAACUUAGAAAACAAUUUCAACCACUAAAAGUCAUUAAAAAAUACAAAAAAUAAUUGUGGUUAAAAAUAGGCCAUACCAUUUAAAGGAGAAAGUUAUUUUACACAUGCACAAAAUUAAUUGUCACAAAAAUAGUCUAAUUAUUUGAAAAGGUAUAUAAUUAUGUGUAUUAGUUAGCUGAAAAAGCAGAAUUAAAAUAUAUGAAGUCUGCACAUAGUUAUUAAGUGUUUCCACUUAUCGUGAUGCCACUGUGUACUAUACUAGUUGAUUCACUUUGCUUUGCCAAAAUUAUCUAAUAAUUUUAAGCUGUGCCAACUUUUUAUUAUUUUUACCUUUAUUCCUGUUUUGCUCGCAUCAGUAUAUCAAACAAAAAAAAAAAUAGGGGGAAAUAUAUUGGCUCUUAGGCCCCCCUGGAUAAUAAUAUACUUUUUCAAACAAUUUGUUAGAUUAUGCUAUAUUAGAUUAUGUUAUAUUGUCGAUUGUAAGCUGAAGGUGUCCACUGCUAACAUGGAUUAUAUUUAAUCCAUAAUUGGUGUUGUAGUAUAAUUGACAACUGGUUGUGAAUAAUAAGCCAUUAUAUGUUAUUUUCGUUUAUUUAGAAUAAGACUCCGCUCAUACUCUGUUAAGACAAUGCAUAAAAUGCAUUAAAUGCAUUAAAAUAAAAUUCCAUAGGACAACAACAUUAUGUCAAUUAUAUUUUAAAAUUGACAACUAAAUUUUAAAACCAACAAAAUCAACAUACCUAACUACCGCCAUCUUGUACAUGAUGCAAAACUAAUGACAAUUUAUUUAUUUAUUUAUUUAGGCAAAUCACUCAAAAAACAAUGAGCUAAUUAUAUUACAGAAAUCAGUUGAAGCAUUACCAGACAACAUAAUACUUUGGAAUAAAUUGUUAUCCUAUUUUGUAUCACAUGAUAAUUACAAUGCAAUUAUGGAAACUUUAAAUAAAGCUGUUGAUAUUUUACAAAACAAUUCAUUGCCUUUAUGGGAAGUAGCAGAGCUAUACAUGAUGAAUGUAGAUGAUUGUUAUGUAUGUUCAAAUAAUAGACGCCUAUUACAUUAAGGAUCUGUGUAUUAAACACAUAUUAUGAAUAAAAUAUAAAAUAAUACUUAAAAUACGAAAAUACUAUUAAAAUAUCUACUUUGGUAAUAUUAAACUUUUAUUUUUAAGUGUUAUCAAUUAUUUAAAUCAAAGAUUCUAAUAGUAGGUAUUGUUUUAAUUCUCUAUAGAGAAUAGAAAAGUCUCUAUAGGGAAUAACUAUAGGAUUUCCAUAGUUAUUCUACAAAUAAAUUAAUUUAAUAAUUAUUUAAUUUUGUUUUUUGUAGUUGGAACAAUUUUACGAACAAACCGCAAUUGUAGAACCAUACAGUGAUAUCAAUAAGGUAUUCAGAUUAAAGUAUUUGAAAUGGCGAACUUUGAGAUUUGGAAUAAAGAGUGGACGUUCGAUUUUCAAUAAAUUAUAUCGCCUAGAACCAAAAAGUCUAGAUUUAUACAAGCAAAUGAUUGCAUAUGAAAAUAAUCAUAAUUAUCCUAGAAAUAAAAAGUAUAUAAGAUAUUUGUACAGUGAGGCAUGUUCUGAAUUUGGGGCAAAAAAUAUUGGUAAGUCUGGUCUGAGGACUUGAAUAACAAUAGUUUUUCAAUUAUUAAUUAUUUUAAAUAAUAUUAACAGACAUUUGGGCUGACUGUAUGCGGUUUGAAUAUGCUUGUGGGGUACCGAUAAUGGUAGACAAGAUUUAUAAUGCAUCAAGAGUAUUUUUAGAACCAAAUUUAUUUACAGCUUUAGGGGAACUAAAAAAUAGACUUGAUAUUGAAUUUCAGUAAGAAUUUUAACUUGAUUUUAGCUUUGAUAAUGAAUCUAAAUUAUGUCUGUCUGCUUAUAUAUAAAAUUUAUUUAUUUUUUUUUUUAUUUUAGGAGUAAUACAGAAGUAAUAGAAAUUGAUAGUGACUAAAUUUUUAAAACAUUACAAAAAAAUAUGUAUAUAUUUCAUUUUUAUUUUUCCCA